CCGAGCGGCUGCCAAUAUCACUAAUCGGUUAAUUAUAUUAUUUUUUUGAUAGCUGGAUUGAAUUAGUCGCCGACACGUACAAUCAGUUCAUUAUUGAGCUCUGCGGGGCUAACUCCACUGUCCACACAUCACACUUCGUACACUAUCACCUGCUACUACUCGCAGCCCAGUACGUGAAGCGUUUUUUAUUCUGUGAUGAUUCCGCUGUCUACUAAUAAAAUCGUGCCAUCAAUUACGGAGCAAAUUCAUUCUUGGUGUUGAUAAAAACAUAGCACAUCCAAUGAUUGCGGGUGCAGUAAAGUUCCGAGUGUGACUAAAGUGGUAGCUCUUAUAUCUGUGCAAAGAGUCCGUGCACGUAGUAAGAUAGUGUCCUUAGAAAAAGUUGUCGAGUGUUGCAAAGGAUGAGAAGUGCUCCGAGUAAAAUGGCUCAAGGAAGACGUGUUCUGCAGUUUUUACUGGCGGUGUCGUGUUUUGCUUCAUCCAGUGCAAGUGCACAAUUCACAAAAUACAAUGAUGAGCGUUUACCAUCCCCCGCCCUAGAAAAACUCAACAGGAUAAGGAGUAUAAUGGAAAACAGCACGACCCUCGAAGGCGACCCGAUUCAAGCGUAUAUCGUUCCAAUGAAUGAUGCACACCAAAGCGAGUACAUUGCUGAACGAGACAAGCGAAUUUUUUACCUUACAAACUUUAGUGGAUCUGCGGGCACGGUCAUUAUUACCCAAAAACAUGCCCUACUUUGGACCGAUUCCAGAUAUCACAUUCAGGCCGAACGACAGCUCGAUUUAAAUUACUGGACGCUAAUGAAACAGGGAAAGAAAGAUGUUCCCACAACCGAGAAAUGGCUACUGGACAAUUUGGCCAAUAAUUCGCGAAUUGGCGUCGAUCCAUUCAUUCUAUCGUCCUCGACAUUUCUGCAAAUUGCUGAUAGCGUAAAACCACAUGGGCAUGCUCUUGUGCCUAUUAUGACGGAUUUAGUGGACGAAAUUUGGGACGAGAGACCGCCAGUCACUAGCAAUGAAAUUUAUCCAAUUGCAAUACAGUUCACUGGUCAAAAUUCAUCUUAUAAAAUUAAUCAAGUGUUAGUGAAGUUGAAGGAAAACAAUGCAGAAUCAACAAUUAUCACGGCUUUGGAUGAAGUAGCGUGGCUUUUGAAUCUACGAGGGUCAGACAUAAGCUAUAACCCCGUAUUCUUCAGUUAUCUAAUCAUUACCCCCACAAAUCUUCACCUAUACCUACGUAAGGGACAAGUUAGUAAGAAAGUUAAGAAACAUUUUCAUGAGGAAGGCCUUAAUAUAACUUUACAUAACUAUGAGGACAUCAUCGCAGGAAUCAAAAGUUUGAUACAGAACACCACUUCCAAAAUAUUAAUAAGCGACGAUGCCAGCUAUGCCAUUUACAAAUCAAUCCCAGACGAAAAGAGGAUUCAAGUGGCAAGUAUUGUUGCUAAAAUGAAAGCGGUGAAAAACAGUGUGGAAGCUCAAGGAAUCAGGAAUGCUCAUAUUCGCGAUGGAUUGGCUCUUGUUCGAUAUUUGCACUGGCUUGACUUGUCAAUUGAUACAAAUAAUAUAACAGAGAUAUCCGGAGCAGCCAAACUAGCUACAUUUAGGAGUGAAGAAAAAUACUUCAAGGGAUUAAGCUUCGAGACAGCGAGUGCGGUUGGUGCAAAUGCAGCUCUAGCUCACUAUGACCCCAGUGAAGACACGGAUAAGCAAAUUACCAGAAAAGAGAUAUAUCUGGUCGAUUCCGGUGGUCAAUAUUUAGACGGCACAACUGAUGUGACACGCACUAUGCACUUCGGGACACCAACUGAUUACGAAAAGCAAUGUUUCACAAGGGUAUUGAAGGGAUUCAUUGCAUUUGUAACAUCAGUUGUACCAACUAACACACCAUUAAGUUAUUUGGAUAACGUUGCAAGAAGAGAACUUUGGCAAGCUGGAUUGGAUUACGGCCAUGGGACUGGGCAUGGAGUUGGAGCAUUUUUGAAUGUCCACGAAUAUCCUCCGCUUAUAACAUCGCGCCCGUCAGCAAGUAGCCCUGGCAUAAUGGAAAACAUGUUUACAUCCGAUGAACCUGGAUAUUACGAAGAGGACAAAUUCGGAAUACGCAUUGAAGACGUCGUGCAGGUUAUCAAGAAGGCGAAUCUAUCAGAAGCAUUUGGGGGAAGAGGGGCCCUUACUUUCGAAACCGUCACCUUCGCUCCUAUCCAGACGAAAAUGAUUGAUACAAACCUAUUAACCAAAGAUGAAGCUGAUUACAUCAAUGCUUACCAUCAGAAAGUUCUACGUGUUAUUGGGCGGGAGUUGAAAAAAAGAAAUCUUAUCGAGACUUACCAAUGGCUUUUAGCAGAAACUAAACAAAUCGCCUCCACAAGAUAGCUGUAUUAGGAUAAUUUUCUCCCACUUAAUUUAUAUUUUUAAGUGCCUUGAUUUGUACAUAAUAAAUAAGUCAGUACCAAAAAGAAAAA